GUCAUGUAUUAUAUGUUUAUAUUUACAGCAUUAAACAACAGCAGUUAUUCCACGUAUUGGCUGCUUAUUCAAUGUACAACACCGAGGUUGGUUAUUGUCAAGGAAUGUCACAAAUCGCUGCUUUACUUCUUAUGUUUAUGAGUGAAGAGGAAGCAUUCUGGGCUCUCCAUUCAUUAUUAUACGAAGCCAAACACCGAAUGCACGGUUUCUUCAUCCCUGGUUUUCCAAAACUCAUGCGUUUCCAAGAACACCACGAUAAAAUAUUAAAGAAAUUUUCUCCUCGAUUAAAAAAACAUCUGGACCGCAACGAAAUAUUUGCGUCUCUCUACUCCCUCAAGUGGUUCUUCCAAUGUUUCCUAGAUCGAACACCAUUCCCUCUCACGUUACGAAUAUGGGAUAUCUAUGUAUUAGAGGGGGAGAGGGUUUUAACGGCAAUGUCAUUUACCGCACUUCGAAUACACAAAACUGCAUUGAAGAAGAUGGACAUGGACGGUAUUGUUCGUUUCUUACAAGAAAAACUUUCGCAAGAUUUUGGUUUGGAUGACGAUGCUGUUAUUGAACAGCUUAAGAUAAACAUGGGUGAAUUGAAACGAGCUGGUGUAGAUCUACCGCCACCCGCUGGAGAAGAGGAAUUACCGAAACUUCCGUUUGGACUUAAAGUUAAACCGACCUUUGCACAAGAAACUGGACUCCGAUCACCUGUUACCAUCAAGUCAAGUGAAGAGAAAAAGAAGAAAUCUUCAUCAAUUCGUGGAAGCAAGAGGAAGUCCAAGAAAGAUAAGAAAAAAGAAGAACAAAUUCCAAACGGAGCAAUUCCUACCCCUUCCAGUAACAUCAGUAGUCCUCAGCAAAAGAAGAGUGACGAAAAAUCUUCCGUGAAAAAGAAGGAAGAGCGCCCACAAGUGGAGAGUGUUGCUUCACCCGUUGAAAAAAAAAAUUCAUCGAAAAAAGAAAAUAGGAAAAAAUCUGUUGAACAUGUUCCAAGCAAUACGAAGGAGUCGUCACCGUUAAGUGACGCCCCGGUAUCAUCUGAUGACGUGCAAUCGUCGGGUAAAAGGACAGCGAAGGUUACACCUUCAUCGAGCACCAAACAACCGCCCAACAACCCCACCAAGCGGACAAACGGUCAGUUACGUUUACCGAAUGAUUCGUCGUCCGAAUCACACGGUAGUCAUGACAACGGGAAAGUACAAAUUGUAUGGAAAGCCCCGAGUCCAGGGAAAACCCCCUCACCCGCACAUAACGAUAAAUUUUUUGGGGGAUCCCCAAAAUGGGUGACACCCCGGGCAAAUUGGGGUUCAAUAUCCGCUGCUACCUCACCCACCAAAAAUGAAUCUUCUUCGUAUAAAAAGUCAAAAAGCGCUGAGCAUUUAAGAAAUCAUUCAACCGUGCCAAGGUCACAUGACAAGGCCAACGCGCCGUCUACAUUUGAUUCGUCGGGAUCGGGAGAAAUCCCGGACUCCGGCGGGGUUUCGGGCGGCGCAGGUCCCGCGGAAGUUUCGCCUUCCGCGCGGCCUUUUAGCGUCUACGAUAACGUGCAUGGUGCAGCAGGGGGAAGCGGGCCAACGAUAAGUGUGACGCCGCUAAAGGAAAUAAGCGAGGGCGACACGGACAGUAUGUACGAAAAUAAAAUGGAGGAAUCUCUUGAAAACCUUCGGGAAUUAGCUGCUGGUUUAAGUAGAGACCCAAGCCCCAUGCCUGGGGGUUCAUAUAGGGGUCGUAGAACCCCUAGAAGUACCCCAUCCUAUCUACCAUUAUCAGGAGAACCCAGGAUCCGCGCCGAACAAAUGAGCCGCUCGAGGUCGCUGGAGAUGGAUGACGUCAUAAAUACAACUCAGACACACCCAUACCCCACCCCUUUAUCAAAAUCCAUGCACUCGGUGGUUACCGCGGCCAACGCACCUCAACCUAACUCUGCGUUCCGUCGCGCUGUGGAAGACGCAGGCAUACGAACCCCCUUGCCUCGACCACCAAGCUCUACCAUGCUACCGUCGGUGCUUUCCCCAAACUGCGACCGUGUGACGUAUAAACCCCAACGUCAAGAACAACGACGUUGGAAUGAGACGCCAUUGGACUCAAAUUCGUGGUUGCCCUCGCCAGAGUAUUACCCGGACCUGGAGUCGAUCCCAGUACCCGUGCAUCUGUACAACAGGAACAACAACACACCGGACAAGCGGUUGCCAUACCCCCAACACGCCCACCCGAACGUGUAUAGUCGGUACGUGGCAUCUGACAUAAAGAGUGUCAACCGCGUUGCACAAAACCCGACAACCCCUAAUAUGAAAGUGACUCGCUACGAACCCGAGCCAAAUAACUGGGUUGAUAUAAUGAAACUAUCCCCAGAACAUUCCCCUGCGCCCCACCACGUCACUACGACCCAUGUGACGUCAUCAGCGCCUACGUCAUACCCUCCACGACUCGAAAUACGUCACCAGCAACCGGAAGUGCACCCACCACCCUACGUCAGCCCACGUCAUCAAAAUUACGCCGUUCCCGAUUCCGACGUUGAAUACGAGUACGUGACGUCACCAGCUAUGACGUCAUCGUGGUCACGCACGCGCCGUAAGAACAGUUCAAGCAUAGCUGUCCAAACUGACAGUUAUUUCGCCGCGAGCACCGACGUUUGAUGCCGCACUUAUAUCUUCCUGCAGUUUCUAUCUCCCAGAACAAAUUUACUCCCCGCUAGAUGGCAGUAUUCCUUCAUAUCGCAAUAAGUUCGUCUGCCAUAUUUAUUUCACGUCAUAGUAGCCUGUGUUACUUCAUAUAAUCGCGUUGUGUCGAGUACAAAGUCGCUUCUUCGAACAAUUCUCAUUAUUUACCUUUCCCCACUUCAUGUAUAUACGCCGCCAUAGCGCCGCUGCGUGGUUGUUAUAUAUUAUUUCUAUCAUGCUGGUGGUCUUCAUAAAGUGAACAAAUUUUAUUCAGCGAAUAAAAACUUUUUCAUCGCCGCAUAUUUUAAAAUGCUUCGUUUAUAUUUGCUUGGUGAAAAUAAAAAACGACAAUAUUUAAUAUUU